CGGAUGAUGUUUGGAUGAUGGUUGCUUUGUAUAUACAGCCUGAAUUGUAUGCUGGAUUUAUUAUUUAUUAUUAAUCAACAUGAAGACUGGCGAGGAAAAGGUUUUUAAACUUUAACUUGACACCGCCAUCACAUUUAUGCCACUAAGAAGAGUCAAACUCUGCACUUAUGGACUGUUUGUAAUGUGUUAGUGUCAGGUAUGUGGCCCUUAAAAGGACCCGUAUGUAUGGCCACGUGUCCAGAUUAUUGUGGCUGGAGAAUUACAAUGUUCAGGUGGUAUCAAAUACCUUAGCCUCAAACUUUUUUGCUUAAUUGUCUUCAUAGUGCAUGAAGUAAAAACCGGGGCUAUACCAAAGUGAUUUACUUUCGCAUUAGCUAAAAUUCACUUUCAGGUGUACCAAAAAUGCGACUAUGCAGGGACAGUCCUCCUUGGGUGUUUUUCCAAUCCUAAAAACAUGAAUAAUUCCUCAGACUGUUUGCAGAACAUCGAUACAGCCUAUGGGUCUGAAAAGCGAAGCAAGUGCGCAAAAUGCCUUACAUUUGCAUUUAUUAAUUCAUCCCUUAUUUGAUCUGGUCCGUUUAGGGAUCACCACAUCUCCCUUCAUUUCACCCUAUUCCUAGGAUCCUCUUUUAUCACCUCAGCCCUUUCUCUGCAUGUCCUCUUUCUCUACGUAAUUAAUCUACUCUGUGGUCUUUCUUUUCCUCCUGCCUUGUAGCUUCAUCUUCUCCAAGAUAUCCACUCUCCUGCUCAUGCUCAAACCAUCAUGUUCAGAGUCUCUAGUUUCAGACAUGACUGUGAAAACUGUUCCACGAAUCAAUGAUGGCGGAGUCAUCAAACAGGAGAAAAGCCUCCUCACGAGGUCUUCUCAGCAAUUAUCGGUAUCUGUGUAAAAAAGCCAUGGUGCUCUGCGCCAUGGAGAAUGCAAGAACCAGGAAGAGGCAUCAGGAAAAGAGGAUAAUCGCCAACAUGAAGAUGAAAAGAACGGACGCCCACCAUGAAUCACUUGAUACAAACGUAUUGAUCAAAAGGUCUAAACUGAGCGCUCCAGAACAGGAAAAUCAAAGCACUUUGAACUCUGAAAGCACUGAUGUAUCCAAACAUACGUCAGUGCCUGGAACAGCUAACCACCACUCUGUGAUCGCGGCCCUUGGAGAUCGCUGGGAGAUGGACAGUGGCUUCGCCUCUGAAGCCAGUCCUCCAGCCAGUGGUCGAAGUUCGCCGUGUUUCAGCUCCUGCCCGACUACAGUGGUGGCAUUGGACUGUGAGAUGGUGGGGACAGGGCCUGGAGGACGUUGCAGCGAGCUGGCCCGCUGCAGCAUCCUGGACUAUCAUGGGAACGUGCUGUAUGAUAAAUACGUGAAACCCUGUCAGCCUGUCACAGACUUCAGGACUCGCUGGAGCGGCAUCCGAAGGCAUCAUCUCCUCAACGCCACACCCUUCGUUCAAGCCAGAGAAGAGAUCCUCAGUAUACUUGAAGGCAAAGUGGUCGUGGGCCACUCCAUCUAUAAUGACUUUGAGGCACUGGACAUGCUUCAUCCCUGUCACAUGGUCAGGGACACGAGUACAACACGUCACCUCAGCCGGUUGGCCGGUUUCCCCAGUAAAUGCUAUCCCUCCCUCAGAACACUGGCAAAUAAGCUGCUGAACAGGAGCAUACAGGUUGGGAAGCGAGGUCAUUGUUCAGUGGAGGAUGCUCAGGCUGCGCUCGACCUCUACAAGCUGGUGGAGGGGGAGUGGGAGCAGGAGGUGCAGAACAAGCUGAGAGAUGACGACGCUCCACUCGAGCCAAGCUUCUCCUCAUCAAAGCACUACAUGCAGGACGAGUACUGGCCAGAUGACAUCAUUGCUGAUGGCCAAUAGGAGAAAAGUAAUGGUGGGACAGUGGGAAAUACCUCAGCAGGCUCCUUUUGCGUGAUGAUGUUCGUAGUCAUCAGAGCAGGUUCAGAGAGUUAAUGGAAGUGCGAUCUGAAUGAAUGUUAGAAAUGUUAAAUUGAAGGUGUCCUGAAUCACUUUGGAGAGAAAUAACUUUAAAAUGUGGAACAAAAACACUUUCUAACUUAUUGCUUUUGACAUGUUAAACAUGUUCAGAGCUUCUAACAAAAGAUUUUUGGUUGUCUGUAGAAAUGGUUGAUCAAAUUAGUCGUUCCAGACUUGAUUGUAUUUAUAAAGUAAGAGUUGGUGCUCUUGCGUUUGAGGUUUGCAGUUCUCUAACAAGUAUCUGCUCUUACUUGAAAAAUUCAGCUAUUAAUUGGAUAAAAGAUGACAUAAAUGUAGCUGUUCUUGAAAACACAAGAUGAAUGACUGCUUUUGAAAUGUUAAUUACUGCCUUGAUAGAAAUACUUGGAAAUCACAAACAUUACUAUGAGCUGAUAUUGGUCAUGUGGACUGAUUUUAGCAGGGUUCGGGUUAGUUGUGACAGUAUUUUGAUCACCUCACAUUGUAAGCUGCUCUGAAAUGUCCUAAUAAAACU